ACUGCGCCUGCGCCAAGGGCUUACCGUUGCCAAGCGGUCUUUGUGUCCAUAGCAACAACUAACAAUCGGCUAGAUAAGUGGCUAGACAAAGUAGAUAGAUGGAAAAUUCUUUAUUAUUUCCGCCAAAACAGAACAGCGUGGUUGAAAAGAGAAGCAACUAGAUAAAAGCAUUCAAUAUGCAUACAAAAUAAAACAGGCCAUUCAUCAACUGUAAGUUUUGGAAGCCAGACUACAAAGAUACAGUACUCGGGAUUGCAGAGGCGUAAAGAAGUAUUUACCGAGUUCCGGUAUCAGUAUUUACAACAACAGAAAUUAAUUCGCUUUAGAAAAAAUACUCCGCUGCCUGCCCCAUAAGUUUUGGAGACAAUGGCCAGGAAAAAAAAUUAAAAUGGGCCAUACAUCCCUGUCUUUAUUCGGGCAUGGAGCGGGCACCUUUUAAGAGAACGAAAUUCGAAUUCAAAUAAAAAGUUAUUGAGUUAUUUAUUUAUUCUUAAUCCAUAGACUGAAGUUUCAUAUAAAAGCCCAUAAAGGAUAUAUAUGUUUUUAAACUUACAGAAGGGAUAAUAGCCAAAUUAAUGCUAGCUUCCCUAUCUGCUGGUGUAAUCCCAUUACACAGCACAAUUGUUUUUAAUAAGGCAGUGCGUGCUUGUUUUGUUUUUUUUAAACCUAUUAUGAUAUACCUGUUUGACAAGUUCGAUAGAAAAGAAAAUCUGAAAAUAGAGAGCGCACAUAGGAGCGUCAGAGCAGAUGCUUGUUGCUUCAUAUUGACGAGCUCUCUGAAAGGACAAGGAACAAUGCUUCGCUGGGUCUUGCUUGCUUUGCUCAUUGGCCUCUGUGCCAGUGCUGGGGAACAAAAAGCUAAAAAGAAAGUGAAGAGUCAGUCCUUGUCAAGAGGAUGGGGAGGUGGUAUUAACUGGGCCCAAAAUUAUGAAGACGGCCUAGCAAAAAUGGCCAAGAGUCAGAAACCUCUCAUGGUCAUUCAUCAUAAAGACAACUGCCCACACAGUAAAGACCUGAAGAAGGCAUUUGUUGCGGAUAAGACUAUCCAGAAAAUGGCAAAAGAGGAUUUCAUCAUGCUCAACGUGGUGGAAGAGACUUCGGACAAGAAUCUGGCACCUGACGGUUACUAUGUUCCCAGAAUCCUCUUUGUUGAUCCAACCUUGACUGUGCGCACAGACAUUACUGGAAAGUACAGCAACCACCUCUACACCUACACAGCGAGUAACAUCCAGGACCUGGCCGACAACAUGAAGAAAGCCAAAGUCCUGCUGCACAGCGAACUCUAACGUGGUGCUUGACGUCUCAGCAUCUUCCACACAUGACUGCUCUGUGGCCAGAACUGAAUUAUUUAAAUGCUUUUGGUGCUCAUUAAAACCAAAGUAAAGGAAAAGAAA